AUGAAGACUAGGUCCCUGCUGCCAGUGGUCCUCUGUGUCGGCGUCUGCGCCUAUCUGGUCAGCCAGGUGACCGGGGUUCCAGUCCUCGGGUUCUGCCCUCGCCCGGUCACCAAGCCCUUCUUUGUGCCCCUCAAGAAGAGGAGAUGUGUGGGAGAACCGUACUCAGUGACGGGCAUAGCAAGGAGGAACAUUUGGUCCGGGGAUUUCAGGAUCAGGAUCCAAAACAUUUUCUUCCAGCUACGUAACUUCCGGGUGAUCGACACCGACUACGUGAGCUGGGCUCUGGUCUUCAUCUGUGACCCUGUGCUCUUCUUCCUACCCAUCUCCAGACAAACGGCCAUGAUCCUGACCCGGAGGAGGGGCUACAUACCGCCCAAACGAGACCUGCUCAAGAUUAAGUUGUUUCUGAACGGCAUUAAUGCCAACUGGCUGCGGCCUGUGGAUCAGAACAACUGCUGAGACUGGACACUGUGGAUCAGACCAACUGCUGAGACUGGACACUGUGGAUCAGACCAACUGCUGAGACUGGACACUGUGGAUCAGACCAACUGUUGAAACUGGACUCUUUGUACACGUCUCGCGGACAUCGGCGCUACUCAGCGGAACUGGUGAAAGGACACGCGUUUGGUUCACAGUCAGGAAAACGAGUAACGGUCAGAUCCAGAUUUCGAGCAAAUUGAUGGCAUCCUUUUUGGCUGCUGUAGUCUAGUCGGCUCACAGCACAGAAGGCAAAUGGAAACACAAACGGAAGGACAGAUAAUUUACGUCAAGAUUUAUAGCCGCAUUUUUCAACGGCAAAGAAAGAGUUUGAAAUAAAGAAGCAUGAUGACAGAGCAAUUGA